GUUGUUAUAAUAAUUAAUUUGUUUAUCGUAAUUCAUGAAUUUCUCAGAAAUUUUACGAAAUUUAUUAUUCCCACCUCUUCCUCCUACUAAUUCUUCAAUUCAUAACACUGAAUUACAUAAGGCAUCAGUCUAUAAUAACGAUAAUACUAAUCAUAUUAAUAACAAAUUAUGCUUAUUAUUAAGUCAUGGAAAUGCUGUACAUGAAUUAUUCUUUAUUGAAUGUAUUAAUCAAUUUUUACAAAACUAUGCUACAACAAUAAUUCAUCCGUCUCCUAUUCCUACUACCAUGAAUAUCGUUGAUGAUGAUAAUAAUAAUAAUAAUAAUACAGUUCCUGAUGAUCAGCAAAACACAACUAAAUGUUUAAUUUUUUGUUUUCAUAAAUCAUGGAAUAUUUAUCAUAAAUUAAUCAAUCCAUUAUAUGCAAAUAAUAUAACAUUGAAAAAUAAUAUAACCAUCAUUGAUAUGACAGUAAUGCUAGAGAAUUUACUACUCAAAUCAAAUUCUGAAUUAGAUAAUAAUGAUAAAGAUUUAAUUACUGAUGAAAAUAUUGGAACUAUUAUUAAGAAUUGUAUCAAAGACAAGACUGAUGAAUUUCUGAAGAAUAAUUACACAACUAAUCCUUCGAAUGGUGUGCAACAAAAAAAUAUUGGCAUUUUCAUUGAUAAUAUAACAGCUUUAUAUGAUCUAGGAGUUACUGUACGUGAAUUAGAACAAUUUUUAUGUAGUUGGCUUUAUCAUUCACGUGAUCAGCAAACUGCCAUCAAUAUAGCGAAUAUAUUAGUUUGUAUCGGAAUACAUAUUGGAGAUUUUUUCCAAGAUUCAAUUGUAUCAGAAUACGAACCUGCUUUAGUACAUCUCGUUGCUCUAUGGAAAUCACGGGCUUCAAUUACACUAGAAUGUAAACCAUUACUAACAGGUUAUACAUCAUUGGUUGAUGGUCAGUUAAUUUGUUGGAAACGUUCAAUAGAGGAUAAUAUUAAUCUUCAGAAUGUUACCAAUUCGAGCACAUAUCAUUUUCAUGUUGAAGGUAAACAUAUAAACUGUUAUACUCCAGGAACUUCAAAAUUGCUAACAUGAGUAUUUUAAUCUAUCUUGUAAGUAAGUUUUUUAUGGCAAAAAAAUAAAACAUUCAAUGUUUAUUUGUUGUGAUCUUUAAAAUUCUGAAUUUUCGCCCACUAGAUCAGAGACUAAUAAUGAUCCGUUCGUGUGCACCAAUCAGAUAAAUGACUUUGAACAACGACUGGAAAUCCUAAUUCCCAUUUGUUCACACAAUGACUAAUUAGAACACGAAGAUAGCAAGCAGGUUUAUUGUAUUCUUUACUCUCCUGAUUCAGAAACAGACAGAUUUUCUCAUCUGGAACUUGUCAGCUGCACACACUUACAUCCUACUGUUGGUGUCUAGUUCGGGACUCGAGCCCGCCAUUGUUCGCUCAAAACGCCAUUACGUUAUCAACUUAGUUACUGAUUCCAAAUAACUAUUCACUUGUAUGAAUUUUAAUUUAUUUGUAUUGGCUAUUUGAAUCGUUUUAUUGAUGUUUUGGCUGCAGUUGAUCAGAGCUCGGCAAUGUUAGUCUCUCGGAUGCAAGUGUAUUCAACUGACGAGUACCAAGUAGGACAAGACGCACGUUGAGGAUUCCACUGCUAGCCAAUAUCCAUUUCUGCUAUUACAGCCUAGUAGGAACAUCGAGGAAACCUGCACAGGACGUACAUAUGCCAAUGGACUGAUCAAUUGUAGUCCUAAACGUCAAUGGGUAGAUUCAUACAGCCAAUACAAAAAUGAAUUGAUGUCUUUGCAUGAGAUCAUGUUUAUCCCUCAUCAAACAGAAUGUUACCCACUAAUCCUUAAUAACAGCUUAAUCGAAAUAAAACUGAAAGUACUGCGUUCUUAUGGAGGCUAAAUAUUUAUACAGGUGUUUUCCAUAAAAGACGAUACUCCAAGUCUCAUCAUGGCGACAUUAUAGUAGGCAGUGUUAACCACUUAAAAUCUGCACUAAUGGUUUUAAUUGAUCGACAAACUAGUUUAAAAGAGCUUAUUUUCCCACAAUCUUAAGGUGAUGAUAGCGUACUUAUGAGUGAAAAAGCACAGAACACUGUCUCUUAUUUAAGCAGUAUGUUUUGUUAGAUUCUCCAGUACAAAUUUCAAGUAUUCCAACGUAUCCAUCGGCCUACUUAUAUUCGGAUUUUUGGAUACUGAAACUUUCUCAAUAAAACUACCAUAAUCAGUUCGAUGGUUGGAAUUACCACCAUUCAGAUCGACUAUCAUAUAAUUUUUUCUAUGUUUCAGUUAAUUACGUAUGAGGAAAAGACAACGUAAAACCCCUAUAACUUGUACAUGAUAACUAAAGCCAUUUACACAUAGUCGCUUUUAUCUGCAUUAAGUAAACAAAUGUAUUUCACCAGUCAGAAUCACUCAAAAUACUGUAGAUAAACAUGAGGUUACAACUCUAAAACC